GGAAUAAUCAUGCUACUGGGAAGUAUUCAAGUUCUCAGAAUAAUAUUUCCGGUCUACUUAACGAAGCUAGUCGUCUUGGCCAAACCCCGCAAUUACAUCCUCAUGUCACUUUCAUUUCAGAGCAUCCAGAUCCUUUUGCUGGCUCUCUGGCAGUCAUAAGCUCUAAAAAUGGUGUCUAGAGGAAUCUGGAACGUACAUAUUAACGGGAAAUGGUAUCGUUCCUAUGACUUACGGGGGCGAAUAUCUCCCCCUGAUAUUGAACCAACCUUCCGAAUGAUCAAGCAAAUUUGUGGCCAGCCCUGGUACGAGCCCGAUCGGCUUGAGGAAUGGGAGCCAAUCCCUUUUCGCACUCCGAUUCAUUCAAAUCUCAAUUAUGUGUACACUAUCGACAUGGACGCCGGUCUUUUCAUAAUCUCCCUGCGGCAGGAGUUUGAAGACACAUUACGUCCUGCGGCAAUAUGCAUCGACCUUGCAACACUCUGUGCGUCUGAUCACUUGCUCAUCGAGCACUCCCUUGAACAGCGCGAAUACAUGGCUCUUGGCAAUACCUGUCAGAGAAGGCCAACCCCGGAUCAAAGGCCAGUUUUCGGAUCGCUGGAUAUUGACCCGGCUAUCCCCACUCCCAUGAAUGAGCUACAGGAGCGCUUCUUCACCGACUUCGUUUUCAUGUGGCGUUUCUACAUCGAUGACCCUUUCACGUGGAGAUACGACUGUCCAGUCUUCCGGGUCCUGGCUAUCGCUUUCCUGCGCCUUGCCGCCUGGGAUUUCGAACUGUCACACAAGGGUACCCUCGAGCUUCCAAUCACCUUCACGUCGAUUCCUUCUUGGGGUUACCCCAAAGCGGACACAUACUGGUUCCAUGGUUUUCUUGUCGUUCUACACGAAAAUAUCGAAACCAAUCCCAUUAUAAACGAAGCCCUCGAAAUAGCUAAACCACAUCUUGAUGACUACAAGGGACGUGAUGUCCGCUUGGUUCUCAUCUCACCUCAACAUGUCGCCUUUGCGGAGAUUUCUCGUGAUUUUAUUUCAGUCUCCCAGAGUAUUGCUCUACUCACCAAUUCCUCGGCCCUCCGAUGCUCUCCUGGAUUCCGUGCUCUGAUCCGAAUCCUAACAUCAGACCGUUGGACCAAGACUUUGGCUGCUAGGGAAAGUUCGGAAGUUCACAUUCCGCCCGAGGUUCUUCAUAAUAUCCUAAAUGAAUUGAAGCCUCGAGAUACAGUGGCAUUCGCGCAGGCCUCACUUUCCUUCAAACGGUGCUAUUACGCCUCGGUGCCCCAGUUUAAAGAUACCGCUGUUCUGAGGUUCCAUUCGUCUGUACCCUGCUGUGGUAUGCGUGGGGGCUUAGACGAAGAUGGGAUUUGCUGUCGUCGCUGCUAUACAUGGCGGCAUGCAAAAUGUGUGGAUGUGAAAGACUGGUCAUCUACGGAGCAGUAUGUCUGCGUGGACUGUAGAGAAGGCAAACACCCCACAGCACUUGUUCCUGGUCAGCUCAAUAGAGUCAGCUGUCGAGUCGACCGAGAGAUAUACUCGAUUAGAGUUGGGGGUUCUGAAAAGACGCUGCAUCACCGACUCACCAAACCUACUCAUCUACGGAAGGAGCUAUGGUUUAUGAGAAAUACCAAGCCCCUUCCGCCGUGUUUUAUAGACUACACGGUUCUUUUUAACGGUUCGUUCUCUGGGUUGGCGUACGGCUUGGGAGACGGGGUCUAGUUGGCUUGUUGAAAUGUAGCGUGGAUAGGC